GCUUCAGAGCAAAGCGCGACCGCUACAUCUUCAAUUUAGUGGAAGAAAAACCCUCCAAACAAACUGUUUUUUCUGCGUAACUUCUGCCUUUUACACAACAGCAGCGGGACAUAUUUAGGUCUUUAAUGGCGGACUAACCAGCCUGCUGUGUUGUUUGCAAAGAUAAUGUAGUUUAGGUGUUUGUUUAUCAGGUGUAACCGACGAGCUAAGACCACCGGCUACGACUUCUUUGAUUCGUUCCUGAGAUCAAGGACUUAACACUGGCUGAAAUGGACGAACAAAGUGUUGAGAGUAUCGCCGAAGUGUUUCGCUGCUUUAUCUGCAUGGAGAAACUGAGGGACGCUCGUCUCUGCCCUCACUGCUCCAAACUCUGCUGCUUCAGCUGCAUUCGACGGUGGCUGACGGAGCAGAGAGCUCAGUGUCCACACUGCCGGGCUCCGCUCCAGCUGAGGGAGCUGGUCAACUGUCGCUGGGCGGAGGAGGUCACCCAGCAGCUGGACACCCUGCAGCUCUGCAGCCUCACCAAGCACGAGGACAACGACAAGGACAAAUGUGACAACCACCACGAGAAGCUGAGUGUUUUCUGUUGGACCUGUAAGAAAUGCAUCUGUCACCAGUGUGCUCUGUGGGGGGGCAUGCACGGCGGACACACCUUCAAGCCUCUGGUGGAGAUCUACGAGCAGCACGUGACGAAGGUGAAGGAGGAAGUCGCCAAGCUCCGCCGCCGCCUCAUGGAGCUCAUCAGUCUGGUGCAGGAAGUGGAGAGGAACGUGGAGGCUGUCAGGGGAGCGAAGGACGAGCGGGUCAGAGAGAUCCGGAACGCUGUGGAGAUGAUGAUCGCCCGUCUGGACAACCAGCUGAAGAACAAACUCAUCACCCUCAUGGGCCAGAAGACGUCGUUGACCCAGGAGACGGAGCUGCUGGAGUCUCUCCUGCAGGAGGUGGAGCAUCAGCUUCACUCCUGCAGUAAGAGUGAGCUGAUCUCCAAGAGUCCAGAGAUCCUGCUCAUGUUCCAGCAGGUCCACCGUAAACCCAUGCAGUCCUUUGUCACCACGCCGGUCCCUCCAGACUUCACCAGUGAGCUGGUUCCGGCCUACGACUCCAGCACUUUUGUUCUGGUCAACUUCAGCACCCUGAGGCAGCGGGCGGACCCGGUCUACAGCCCUCCUCUACAGAUAUCUGGGCUGUGCUGGAGACUCAAAGUCUACCCUGACGGUAACGGUGUGGUUCGUGGAAACUACCUGUCCGUGUUCUUGGAGCUGUCUGCUGGACUUCCUGAAACAUCAAAGUACGAGUACCGUGUGGAGAUGGUCCAUCAGGCCUCCAGCGACCCAACCAAGAACAUCAUCCGGGAGUUUGCCUCCGACUUUGAGGUCGGUGAAUGUUGGGGCUACAACCGCUUCUUCAGACUGGACCUCCUGGCCAGCGAGGGCUACCUGAACAUGCAGACGGACACACUGGUCCUCCGCUACCAGGUUCGCUCUCCCACCUUCUUCCAGAAGUGCAGGGAUCAGUACUGGUACAUCAGCCAGCUGGAGUCGGCCCAGAGCGGCUACAUCCAGCAGAUCAGCAACCUGAAAGAGAGGUUGGCCAUCGAGCUGUUUCGCCGCCAGACGUCACGCAGCUCCUCUCCCCCCGACAUGAGGCUCUCUGGGGGAACCACGGCCUCUGAGAGAGACCCCCGCUCGGUGAAGAGCGACGACGACAUCCAGACCGCUUUGACCAACGCGAAAAAAGGCCAAGAAGAAGAAGAGAGGACGCAGCAGGACGACUCUAAUGAGCUGUCUGACGGUGACCUGGAGGUGGACUGUCUGACGGAGGAGGAGGUGAACCCGCUGGACGGCAGCAGCACCUCGGGGAGCUCAACGGCAACCAGCAACACGGAGGAGAACGACAUCGACGAGGAGACCAUGUCUGGAGAGAAUGAUGUAGAGUUUAUUGGGAACCUGGAGACAGAAGAAGGAGAGCUUCCUGAUGACUUGGCUGGAGCAGCAGGAGGAUCCGGCUCCACCGUGCGUUCCUCACAUCGCAGCGCUCGCGGUGUCGGAGCGGCGGUGUGCGGUGCCGUCGGUCCAGGAAGCAGCAGCAGCCUCCUGGAGAUCGACCCGGUGAUCCUGAUCCAGCUGCUGGAUCUGAAGGAGCGCCGCAGUGUUGAGUCUCUGUGGGGCCUCCAGCCUCGGCCUCCUGUGUCUCUGCUGCACAGCCAAGCUCAUCCUCACUCCAGGAAGGACCGAGAGCGGCGGCCUCAGGCGGUGCGACGCUCGGCUCCAGACUCGGGGGUCCUGAUCCGCCUCAAGGCUCAGAUGGCCGAGGUCCGCAGCAAGAUGUCCGAUGCGAAGAGUCAAGUGCUGGAGGCCCGGGGGAGCGGAGAGCCCUGGCCCGGCCCGUCGGGGGGGUUCGGUGUGGAGGAGGCGCCCUCCCACCACGCUGACUCCGAGCUGUCCGCUUGUCGUAAGCCGGGUGAGAUGGACCUGCUGGGGAGAGCAGCUGCAGCUCGGUCCAGACCCUGUCGCCCUGCCAGGAAGUCUCUGUCUCCUGUCCUGGACAGCAGCAGCAGCAGCAGCUCUCUGGUGAUGAAGAGGAGGAGUCCAGAGGAGCUGGAGAAGGACCUGAGAGGACCAGACGUGUCCACAGAGCUCAGCCUGCAUCUCAAAGACGGGCUGGGAGCUGCAGAGGGAGCGCUGAAGGCUGACGGCCCCCAGGGGCCCCCCGUGUCUCACGGCGGCUCGUCAUCAGAGCAGCAGGCCUCCACCUCCAAGCAGCAGCAGCAGCAGCAGCAGCAGCAGCAGCAGCAGCAGCAGUACUCGGUGGAGCAGCAGCUGUUCGGGGCCUCGGGGCCCCGGGAUGACAUCUUCUCCCUGGGGGGGUCGAGCUACAUGACCGGCGGCAAGAGCAGGACCCUCGGGGCAGCCAUGUUGGAGUGUGAGUCCGAGAGCUCGGUGAACUCCCAUCAUCCCCUGCUGGAGGGACCCUCUGCUCCGUCGCAGUCAAAAGAAGAUCAGUCGCCGUCCGUCCUGGUUGCAGCAACGAGCAGCGACAGCGACACCGAGGACGAAGCUCUGCAGAGCAGCAACUCUCGCUACGACAACCAGACUCCUCCCUGCUCAGGAGAGCAGCUUCUGUCUGACGACAUGAGUCUACAUGCUGACAGAGUUUCAUGACAGAAGAGAUAAUGACGGCCAGUAAUUCAGUUGGAUGUUGUGAUGACAUAGUGUCAGUGUGAAUACAGUGGUACUGGCCCUUUAAGAGGACCAACAUUUCACCUCCUUUUCAAACUGGACUUUCUCCGUAUGUCUCGACGUUGCAUUAUAUUUAUGAUAAGGGGUGAACGUUACUGUCGGUUCUUUCAUGGUCAGUUAAAAAAAAAAACGAUACACAGCUGUUUGUGCAGAAACUGGAUCUUUAAAACAUGAACCAAUACAUUUCACCUGAGCUCCAGAGCCUUUAAUCAGCACUAAUCUGCACACCUUCUCACCGUAUACAUGCUGUUAUACAUCCAGUCUGCAUCCUACAGCGAGAGUCUGAGGAUGAACUGUUCAUACUCUCUCAAUGAGAGUGUUUUAUAACGGCCUGCUGUUGAUGUUUAGCUCAGACUGUCUGGGCUUCGAGUCUCCACACCUACUCACUUAUGUCUGCUCUAUUAUUCACUCCUCAAACAUUCCGCUUUAGUGACACCGCAGCUUUUCUUCUUCUUCCUGAGCCUCGUUUAAAAGCUUGUUUCUGGUAAUUUAUGUAAAUGUCUUCUCUUAAUAACAGCACGUCUGUCUCUCUGUGACAUUUGAAAGGGUUAAACGGUCACUCGGAUUAUAAAACUUCUGAAGUCUGUGGGCUGAAACUUCAGACGUCGUAACGACGCAGGUGUGUGUUGUGUGUUUUUAGGACAUCACUGACCCGAGUGUGACAUGGCAUCCACCCGCUGAGAGCCACCUCACUGCAGGUUUUUUGACAUUUUUGUGAAUUCAUGCCAUCUGUGGCAGAGUUAGAUGAGAAGAGCAUCACCGCUCUGAAUGUUUGCUCGGUAAAUAUGAAGCUUCAGCCGGCAGCUGGUUAGCUUAGCUUAGCAUAAAGACAAGGGAAGCAGCUAACCAGGCAAAAUCCACAUCUGCUCCUCUCCUCAGUGUGUUGACGUUUAGGUUUAGACUGAUUUAAACUGUGCUGCUCUCUUAAAGGGACAGUUCACCCCAAAAUGAUUUAAAAACACACCUAGUUUUCCUCUUACUCGUUGUGCUUUUUAUCAGUCUACAUUGUGUCCGUUUCCAGAAACCAUGACCCGGGUAUUCAAGAUAAUCAGACCUUGUUGAGACAUGGACAGACUUCCAGUUCUUACAUUUGAAAAAGUCAACAUCAACUUCUCCUUCCACAAAUGCAACAAGAGACAUUGCUGUUGAGUUUUUUGAGUAUUUAUUGUCGUAUAAUAUUGGAGAGAAAGUCGGCAUCUAUACAAACCUAGACAACUCAAACCAAAACAAUCUAGACUGAUAAAUAACACUACAGGUAAGAGGAACUAGAUGUUGUUGUUGUUUUGGGGUGAACUGUCUCUUUAAGGUGGAAACUUUCGUAUAAGUUGCUCCUCAGUCAGUGAUGUCACCGCAGCCGUCGAACACAAAAUACUCACAAUAGAUUUUGAGGAAAAGCUCAGAUGUUACUAGAAGCAUGAAAGACGUCUGUCGUAUUAAAGUGUCCCAGUAUGACCCAGUAUGACCCAGUAUGACCCAGUAUGAGCCAGUGUGCACAAAACCAGGAACCUGACGCUGAAGCAGCUAAACGCAACAAAUCUUUAAUUAAUGUCGUUAUUUUCACAAGUGCUUUUCCUACUUUGACCAGUCAACAUGUCUGCUGUGAGCUUUCGUCCUCAUUAAAGGGCCGGUUCACCCAGAAUACUUUGUUUUAGUGGAAUAUAAAACAACAACAUGGAUGACAGACCUGAGGGAGAGAAGUGGUAUUCUGAGGAAAAAAUAGAUUUAUUCUUUGAGAUUUAAGUGAUGGAUUAACAAGAACAAACGUUGAUAUUCUCUGAGAUUAAAGUGGUAAAUUUACGAGAUUAAAACUCAGGUCGGUAUUUUGAUUUCUUCUAAAUAGUCCCGAUUCACACAAAGUGUUUCCAAAGUCUGGAUGCAUUUUAUAAUAUGCUGACUCUGGGGGAAAUGACGAGUAUUUCCUUAUUUCUAAAUUUGUAUUAAAAAGUAUAGUUUGAUUACAUCAUCCAUGUGUGGGGACGGCUGUGGUGCGAUGAGGUUGAUCCAACCGACGUAGCAAAAUUAAAACAAUCUAUUUUUUUGUUUAUUUUCUG